AUGGUUACUGCUCAGUAUCGUUGGUACGACAUGCCAAAGCAGUGGGUGCCCGAUCCAUUCGGAAACAGCCACCGGAAGCAGUACAUGUGCAUGGACAGUAACCACCAGUACGAUUGUAUAUUUUCCGAUGUGUCAAUCGAUAGAGACACUCACGGUGCUCACUUCGGCCACGAGGAUUGGACGCUAAACAAUCAGCAAAAUAUUACGUUCAGCGACUCGACCAUGAAAAUAUUGCCAGAGGCUUUGUUAGACUCGUUCAGACAUGUCGAGCACCUCAAUCUGACCGGCUUACAAAUAGAGGAAAUCGAACGAUUCGCUUUAACGAACGGUGUGUACAUCCGGAAGCUGUACUUAGACGGCAAUGUCAUUCGGGAAUUGCCAAUAUUUGCGUUUCGUAAUAUGAGAUUCCUCAGUGUGCUGGUGCUGGAACGAAAUGAACUUGGCAUGCUACCAGAAGGCAUAUUUUUCGGCACACCUUAUCUUUUCGCACUGUCAAUCGCGAACAACAAGCUACAGCGAAUCGAGGACAACACCUUCAAGAAGAAUAAAGCGUUACAAUUUCUCACAGUGUCCGGGAAUAAGCUCACCCACAUUAAUCUGUCCCUUAUUCCGAGCCUUUUCCAUGGAAAUGUGAGUUCCAACAUGCUUACGACGCUGUCAGUCCCAGAAGCGGUGAUCGUACUGGAUGCCUCGCACAACCGCAUCGUUACUGUGACGGGUCCAAGCAACCUGCACUUGACAAUUCUACGAUUGCAACACAACAGUUUAACUGAUACAGCGUGGCUUCGGCACUAUUCCGGGUUAGUUGAUAUUGAUCUUUCAUACAACGAGCUGGAAGAGAUAGCGUACCACCACUUCUCGGACAUGUACCGUCUCGAGCGACUGUACCUGUCCAACAACAGGCUGGUGGCAUUGAAGCUGGGUCUCGCACCCAUUCGAACACUUCAGAUACUUGAUGUCCGGUACAAUAAUCUACUGUAUAUAGAAGAGAACCAGGAGCAAUUCAAUACACUAGAGCAGCUGUAUCUCGAUCACAACUCGAUCGUCAAGCUUAAGAUCAGCUCCAACCACCGACUCCAAAAUCUCACGCUAUCGCACAACGAUUGGGAUUGCAAAAAUCUGAAGAAACUGUGGCAAAACGUGUCCGAGGCGUUGAAAGGUGAAAGUGAUCGUCAGUGUAAGGAAGACUACCAGCUAAGGCAAGGCAUUUGCUGCAAGGAAAGCGACAUAGCUUUCCUCGAUCGACUGAAGCAGUUUUUCCAUCUGAUGAGCGUUGCAGAAAAGCAACAGCGUGUCGAAGGACGUUGCAAUGGUUCCAAUGAAAUCGACAUCGUGCAGAAUUUGACCAAUUUCAUGAGCCAGUCUGGUGGUGACGUGGUGGUGCAAUCCAAUCCACAGCUGCAAACCGAAAGCGGCCAACUAGAACAUGAUGUUGGACAGCUAGCGUACCAACAGUCACAGUCCGAACUUCUUUUUCAACUUCUGCAUACCGAGGUCGAUAAUACGAUGCGCCGUUACCACAUAUCAAGAGCGGAAAUGGUGGGUCCGUGCGAGAAUUUACGCAGAAUGUUCGCUUAUCUGAAUGAACGACGUACGUUUAAGAAUCGCGAAACAAAACAUCGUCAAUCGGAAGUAGACAGUAAGAGGCAAAUAGAGGCAGCACUGAAGUUGGAAAACGAAACCUUACACAAUCAGCUGGACGCGAACAGAAGGAAACUAAGUGAGGUGAAACAGGAUAUGAAGCGCAGAGAAGUUGCAGUGAGGCGUCUGGAGGCAAAAAAGAACAGUAUCCGCGGCAGCUAG